AUGGGAGCACUUUCUCGAUUCAUAGCUCAUGUCUACACCCUUUUCUUAGUAUUCUUCACUGUCCUCUUCCUGGAGCUCGUAAUCUUGGUUCGCUCAGUCGCCGGAAGUAUUGGUUACACGACGGCAGCCGAUGACCACCCAAUGACCACCGCCCAGUACCUCAAAUUGAUUGACGAAAAAAACCCAGCGAGUCGGUACGAAACCGCCGGAUUAGAACGUAAAGACUGUUCGGUUUGCCUUUCUGUAUUCGACGACGGCGAUGAAAUCAGGAGAUUGAAAUGCAAGCACACGUUCCACAAGAGUUGUGUUGAUAAGUGGCUGGAGCAAGAUAGAGCGACAUGUCCGAUUUGCCGGAGUUUGGUGUUGCCGGAGGCGAUCGUGGUUAAAUACAGUCAACGGCAUCAGAUUCCACUGCAUCGCCGCCGCAGGGAGUUUUACGGUGGUAGCGAUGAGGAGCUCAUACUCUUGUUGACUUCUUUACAUGUUCAUAAAAAUCUCAAGAACAUCAUCAUUAUCAUCCAGAUCCAAACAAAAUCAUUGGUCCAUUCAAAUUACUACAGCAUAAUCACUUUCAGUAAAGGAGAUUUUCCAUCCAUCGAUUUCCUAUUGAUACACUCUUCAUGGUUUAUCACUUCCAGUUGGCACCGGUAUAGAGUUUUACCGCCUAUUAGGUGUCUGAUGAAAUGGCACUGUGAAUUCCUUUUGGGAUUGAAUGAUGAUUGUGUAGGAACUAUUAAGAGGCAUGAAGGGAACAAAACUCAAGAUUUUGAAGGCUUAUAUAAAGAGGGAGAGAGAAUAAUGUCAAGAACAAUCAAAAUUCAUAGCCAGGAAUUGUAUUAA